UUGCUUGUUGGAUGUUUUGCUCACUGAGUGAAAUUCCUACGAAACCAGAUGAACAUUUUUCUAGUUUUAUCUGCACAUUAUUCAGUCUGAUGGCGGCUCUGUCAGAGAACGUGUUGACAGUCAGCAUGUUACUGAGUGUCGUCUUUCUUCCAGGUGCUUUGGCUGAUUGUCCCAAUCCAGUCCUUAUUGCUAACACACCUGGGCAGAUGGAAGCUCUGAGUGGAUCUUGUUUGCAAGUUCCAUGUAGCUUCAAUUCAACACAUUCCGAUUUUGGCAAAACUAAUGAUUAUUAUGGAAUUUGGUUGAAAAAUACUGAUUCUUUGAAUCACUGUCCAAGCUGUAUUAUUUUCAACAGCAGUGGGUCAGUUAACAAAUAUUCACUGAAAAUGAUUGGAAACCUGAGUGAGAAAAACUGCACCACUCUGUUUACUUAUUUAAAUACGAGUUAUACUGACACAUACUACCUCCACAUUGAGAACGGGGCAUUUAGGUCAACAUGUCAUUGUUAUCCUCUCCAUAUAAAAGUAAAUGAUUCUCCUUGGAGUCCCAGCAUUAAUCUUCCUUCUGACCUGAAGGAGCAUCAGUCUGUCACUGUAACCUGCUCAGCUUUCACUCCCUGUCCACAAUCACCUCCUGAACUCACCUGUAAUCUCCAACAAGACUCUCUCAAUCAAACAGAGAAAAACACAGAUGGAACCUUUACAACUAAAAUCCAGAAGACCAUCACUCUGUCAGACACACAUGAUGGAUACAACAUCAGAUGUUCUGCCAGAUAUCCUGUGAAUGGAGGAAUCAAGACAGCAGAGACUAAAGUGACUCUUAGUGUUUCAUAUGCUCCUAGAAACACCUCAGCAUCCAUCAGUCCAUCAGGUUUGGUGUCAGCAGGUAGCAGGGUGGAGCUGAACUGCUCCAGCAGAGCCAAACCUCCACCCAGCUUCACCUGGUUCAGGAACAACAAAGAUGGAGCCACUAAUGUGUCUGUGGGGCAGGUUUACAAAUUCAACGCUACUGAGGAGGAAGAAAAGUUUUACUGUGUGGCUACAAAUGAUCUGGGUCAACAAAAAUCAUCUGUGAUUCUUGUUGAUAUUAAAGAUGAUCAAUCAUCUGAAUUCCAGAUCCUUAAUAUAUUGAAGAUCCUGGGGAUUGUAUUGCUCUGCACUAGCAUCAUCAUCUUUGAGUGCUGGUUCAGAUUCUCCAAGAAAACAAAGAAGGAAACAGAAGAACCAACCUAUGUCAACAAUGUGAUGGUGACUAAAGCAUCAUGAGCCACAAAAAGACCAAGAAGAUGUCAAGGCCUCUGUCAGAGAGAGGAUUUAUUAUUUCUAUCCAAUUGUUCAAGUUUGUGUCUCAAGAAGCUUUUUUCUAUGUGCAAAGACCAAUAGGUGGAGGUCUGGAUACACUGUGGACGCGUCACCAGUCCAUCACAUCCCCAUUCGUUGUGCUUUAGAAAUUACUUAUUAUUUCUUGACACUUUGUUUCAAUAUAAUAUUGACUAAAUAGUAAUGCUUUGGUAGAACACUGUAGUAUAUACAGAAUACAUACAGUAUAUAUACUGUAUAUACUAUACAUAUACAGUAUAUUUGUAUACUGUAUAUGUGUGUGUACGUGGAAGGUUGAAUAGCUUUAUGCAUUUUCCUUAGUUUUUCACCUAAGUUUGUAAGACAAAACUACUCAUCAUAUUUUCCUGAAUGAGAAACUCAGUGUAGGAUGUCGUAUGCCGUAUAUAUUGCAGUUUCAGAAAGAGUUAGCAGGUGUGUACACAGGAUGAUUUCUAAAUCAUGCUUUCAUAAAGGUGUUCAUGUAAUAUGUGCAGAAUGGAGUUUAGUACUCUUAUAUAGCAGAUCCAUGACAGGUUUCAGUAUUUGUUGUGCGUAGUUCUGAACUAUUCUUGUUUAUGUUUUUGGUGUUUUGAUUUUUCAACUUAUGCUGAAUAUGUUCAUUCCUUCUCUAUUUGAGCAUAGUAUGUUAAUUGACAUGUCUAACUUUGAAUAGCUUUUUUUUCCCACAAAUUUUGCAUGUAGAGCAUCAGAAAAGUCACAUUUUUGCCUCACAUCAUGUUUUGCACAGAUUAAUGUGCUUUAUUAUUUCUUUUUUAUAACAAUGGAUUUCUUCUUGGUACUCAUCCAUAAAGGACAUGUCUGAGAAGUAAACACCUAAUAAUCGUCCCUUAAUCAAAUUUUCCCACCUGAGAUCAAAACCUUAUCUUGGUGGGUUUGAAGUUGUGCUAUUCAUCGCUAAACUCAAUGUUCAGGUAGAGAAUAACAUCAUCAUCGUCAUAAUAAACUGAUUUUGUUUUACACUUAGGAUUAAAUCACAAUGUAUGUAAAUAGUUUUAAUCUUCCUAUGUAAUUGAAGUGCCUUAUAAUGAUAUUAUCAUUUCUGAAUGGGAAUUUUAUGUAAUUGUCCUACAGUUUCUUGAGAUGACGUUUUGCUGUGAAAUUAUGCAUAAAAAUAAUCCAUAUUGAAAUUAAUCAGAAAGUUAAUGUAUAGAUAUAAUUCUCCUCUUCUGUGUUGUACACCAUGGCAGAUAAUGUGUUUGAAAGGCUAACAUCCUCUUUCACAAAAGAGGAUGCACUUUUGUGCAUAAACAAAGGACAAACAGCACUUAUCAGCUUUGACUUAAAAUUGACUUUCAAACACAGAAGUUGCUCUUGAGAUGUUUUGAAAUUCUCACAGAGCCAGAAUUAGAUUUUUCUUGCUGUUUCAUCUGCACAAUAUUUAGGUAAGAACAGUGUCGAUACAUGUUUGUGACAACACGUUUUUUCCAGUCUUCGUCUUUCCUAUAAAAACUGCAAUUGUUUCUAUUUGAGAACUAGUUGUUUUUAAUACACCACUAAUUAUUUAAAAGCACAAUUUAUUUUUCAGCUCUGUGUCAUGUAGUGCAACUUUUACCUAAAGGAGCCCAGAAUGACCAUUAGCUGCAUGUUUAGUGAUAAAUAAGAAAACUUACAAAGAUUUUGGCAGGGUAAGAAUACAGCAGCGACAACAGAGAAAACUGAUGAGAGCAUCAGUGGAGAGCAAUGAUUAUAAAAAGGUCUAAAUACUCUGAGACUGACAGAGAGACGGAAGACGACAGACAACAAAUAAAAGUCUAAGAGAGCAAGCCACAUGCAAAGUUGACUAAUUUAAUGGACUUUUAAUACAAGUUUCAAUGCAAUUUUGCACUAAACGUGUCAUUAUUUACCGAAUGACACUUCAUGCCAACAGUCGUAAACAUUCAUGAAAACGCCUUCAUGUUCAUCACAGGAGUUAUGUCAUGUUUAUCACAGUGUAAUGUCAGUUUUAUGCA